AUGUUUGCCAUUGUACAAAUACACUCAAUCCUUCCAAAUGCCCUAACAAUAUCUCACAUUUUUGUUCUUUCAGGUGUAUCAGUUCCUAUCCCAGUGAUCGGACUGAGGGAUGAAGACAAAGUGUUCGUCAACAACACCACGUGCGUGCUCAACGACCCAAAUUUCGUUCUCAUUGGGUCCUUCGUGGCGUUCUUCAUACCGCUGACGAUCAUGGUGAUCACCUAUUGCCUGACGAUCUACGUUCUGCGUCGACAAGCUCAGAUGUUACUGCAGGGUCGCACCGAGGAACCACCCGGAAUAAGUCUGAAUUUUCUGAAGUGCUGCAAGAAGAACACCGCUGAUGAAGAGAACCCCGCAAAUCCGAACCAAGAUCUGAACCCACGCCGAAAGAAGAAGAAAGACAAACGUCCUAGGGGCACCAUGCAGGCCAUCAAUAAUGAAAGGAAGGCUUCGAAAGUCCUUGGCAUUGUUUUCUUUGUGUUUCUGAUCAUGUGGUGCCCGUUUUUCAUUACCAAUAUUCUGUCUGUUCUUUGCGGGAAGGCCUGUAACCAAAAGCUCAUGGAAAAGCUUCUGAAUGUAUUUGUUUGGAUUGGCUAUGUUUGUUCAGGAAUUAAUCCUCUGGUGUACACUCUCUUCAACAAAAUUUACCGGAGGGCUUUCUCUAACUAUCUGCGCUGCAAUUAUAAGCCAGACAAAAAGCCCCCAGUCAGACAGAUUCCUAGGGUUGCUGCCACUGCUUUGUCUGGGAGGGAGCUUAACGUUAACAUUUACCGGCAUACCAAUGAACCUGUGAUCAGGAAGGCAAAUGACAGCGAGCCUGGUAUAGAGAUGCAGGUUGAGAAUUUAGAGCUACCAGAAAAUCCCUCCAAUGUGGUUAGCGAAAGGAUUAGUAGUGUGUGA